AUGGGCGAGCUCGAAGUUCCUGAGCGUGAGCUCCAAUAUUUUUCGUCAUCCGCACGGUCUGGCCGAAGAAAUGCGUUGCCGGAAAUUGAGGUUUGUCAGAAUCAUUCUAAUUAGCUGCGUUUAUCACGCGAUUCUUCUUCUGCAAUUUAUUUCUUUUUAUUUUGUAUCAAAAAAUUUAAUUCAAUUUUUGUAGGUCGAAAUUAAUGACCCAGGAGCAGCCAAACUUGCUGAUCGACUUUCUGACAUGACAGCUCAUUGUGAUUCGCAAAGCACAUCUACAAAUCAACAAGGUAACCAAUUUUAUUUCUGAACUUCUCCAAUGUUAAUUUUAAAUUCUUCAGGAACCUCUAACCAACCGCAACAAGGCAAUUCGUAA